UUGAUGGCGGCGUGACAGCAGCAGUAGCGGCAGCGGCAGCAGCGGCACGGGCGGCCACAAAAUGAACGAGUCCAGUUCGGCUGCGAAUAUGCAAUCGUUGUUUCUUCAGAAUGGGAAGGAAACAACGGAGCCUGUGAAAGCUCACGUCAAAGGUUGUGUGCCCGCAUGGCUGCAGGGCACGCUGGUGAGGAACGGCCCCGCACUUUUUUCUGUGGGCGACACCGAGUACAACCACUGGUUCGACGGGAUGUCCCUCAUUCACAGUUUCGCUUUCAAAGACGGUGAGGUGUUCUACCAAAGUAAGUUCCUGAAGAGCCACACUUAUGAGAAAAACGCGAAGGCUGACCGGAUCGUCGUCUCCGAGUUCGGCACCAUGGUCUAUCCUGACCCGUGCAAAAACAUCUUCUCCAGAGCAUUCACGCAUCUCAGCAAUGUCAUUCCUGACUUUACCGACAACAACAUGAUUAAUAUCAUCCGCUACGGUCAGGACUACUACGCCUCGUCCGAGAUCAACUACAUUAACCAGAUUGAUCCCGUCACUUUGGACACCGUCGGAAGGAUUAACUACAGGAAGCACAUCGCUAUCAACUUGGCGACGGCUCACCCUCACUAUGACGACGAAGGCAACACGUACAACAUGGGCACAUCCAUCGUAGGCUUUGGUCCACCAAAGUAUGUCAUCUUUAAGGUCCCAGCUAAUGCUUCAGCUUGUGAGCAGAAGACACCCGCCCUCCGGCGCACGCAACAGGUGUGCUCGCUUCCCUUCCGCUCCACGCUGUUCCCCAGCUACUUCCACAGCUUUGGCAUGACCGAGAACUUCAUCGUAUUCGUGGAGCAACCGUUCAAAGUGAACGUGGUCAAACUGGCGACCGCCUAUUUCCGUGGCAUCAAUUGGGGAAGCUGUCUCAAGUUCAACAAGGACGAGCCGACCUUCUUUCACCUGUUCAACCGCCGGACUGGGAAGAAGGUUUCCACUCGUUUCUCCGGUGACGCCCUGGUGGUCUUUCAUCACAUCAACGCCUACGAGACCGAGGACCACGUGGUGUUCGACCUCAUUACCUACAAGGACAGCAAACUUUACGACAUGUUCUACAUGAAGAACCUGCGGAUGAAUACCAGUAGCUUCAUUGAGGCAAACUCCAAUGCGUCGCCUCCUGUCAGCCAGCGUUUUGUCCUGCCGCUGAAUGUCAACAAGGACUCACCGAAAGGGGCCAACCUUGUGACUCUGUCAGACACGACGGCUACAGCAGUCAUGAAGGACGACGGUGAAGUCUACUGCCAGCCGCAAACUCUGUUCCAAGGUCUGGAGUUGCCCAACAUCAACUACAAGUUUAACGGCAAGAAGUACAGAUACUUUUAUGGAUCCAGAGUGGACUGGUCACCGCAACCCAACAAGAUCAUCAAGUUUGACACGGUAGCUAUGACGCAUGUGGAAUGGCAUCAGGACAACUGCUACCCGUCAGAACCCGUGUUUGUGGCGUCACCCGGAGCUGUGGAUGAAGACGAUGGUGUGAUCUUGUCAUCCGUUAUCUCUCCGGACCCUAACACCUCACCCUUCAUGCUUGUGCUCAACGCCAAGACGUUGGAGGAACUGGCACGGGCCGCCAUUCCUGUCAGCGUUCACUUGGAUCUUCAUGGACUUUUCAUCCCCAAUACCAACUGAAAGCCCAACAGCCAAAAGUGCUAAAACUCUUUACUGUGCUUAGAAGAACAGGUAAAGAUAUUGGAAAA